AUGACGUUUACCCGCCGAACACAAACGCACCGCUCCAGGCAGAGGAAGGGGAAGAAGCGGCUGACGCUGGCUGCCCUCCUCUACCUCCUCUUCAUGACGGGGGAGCUCAUAGGUGGAUACGUUGCUAACAGUCUAGCAAUUAUGACAGAUGCACUUCAUAUGUUAACUGACCUUAGUGGUAUUAUUUUGACCCUGCUUGCUCUCUGGCUGUCUGCAAAAUCUCCCACAAAGAGGUUCACUUUUGGAUUUCAUCGCUUAGAAGUAUUGUCAGCCAUCAUUAGUGUAUUGCUGGUCUAUAUCCUUAUGGCAUUCCUCUUGUAUGAAGCUGUUCAAAGAACUAUCCAUAUGGACUAUGAAAUAAAUGGCGAUAUCAUGCUGAUUACAGCAGCCGUUGGUGUUGCAGUUAACUUAAUAAUGGGUUUUUUGCUGAAUCAAUCUGGCCACCUUCACUCCCACUCCCAUUCCCACCCUCACUCUCACGUACCUCAGUCGAACUCUCCUAACACAGCCCACAGCGGUAGCCACGGACACGGCAGCCUUGCCGUGAGAGCAGCGUUUGUACAUGCCCUUGGGGACCUGGUACAAAGUAUUGGCGUGCUCGUAGCUGCAUACAUCAUACGCUUUAAGCCAGAAUACAAGAUUGCUGAUCCUAUAUGUACAUAUGUAUUCUCCAUACUGGUGGUUUUGACAACAGUUCGAAUUCUGUGUGACACAGGAGUUAUUAUUCUGGAAGGAGUUCCAAGGCAUUUAAACGUGGAUCGCAUUAAGGAAGACUUGAUGAAAAUUGAAGAUGUUUAUUCUAUAGAAGAUUUAAAUGUUUGGUCUCUCACUGCAGGGAAAACAACUGCCAUAGUCCACUUGCAACUAGUUCCUGGUAGUUCAUCUAAAUGGGAGGAAGUUCAGUUCAAGGCCCGACAACUGCUGCUGAACACAUUUGGAAUGUACAAGUGCUCUGUCCAGCUUCAGAGUUACAAACAGGAGAUAAGCAAAACCUGUGCAAGUUGUCAGAGUUCCAGUGCCUAAUUUCGUAUGUUUUGGGAACUGCUGCCUUAUUCUUUAUCUUGUAGUCAAAGACUGAGAGCAAUAAAUGCAAAACGAAAAUGAUGAAAUAGAAACCAUUAAUAUGUGGAUUUGUACCAUGCAGCAGGGAGAACUGGUGCUGCAACAAGUGCAGUGGUUGCCCGACAGAACACCUAUUUCACUCUCUCCUUUGUACUGGUUUAUUCAAUUUAUUAUGAUUUUGAGACAAAGCUGUUUUCAGAUUAUUGUUUACAACCUGCAAUGUGGCUCUGCAGAUACCUCACAAAUUACAGUCCAAUAUUGUCCUUUAAUAACUACGUACCACAAAGUACCUGCACUCCAAAUGGAGCAUCAAGUAUUCAGUAUUUCAAUUAGUCUCUAAUGCUGAUCAUGCCAGGGUUCCAUAAUGUGUCAUGAUCCCUGAAUUCAUUAUACAGUAUUUUUGCAAUAGUAAUUUUCAUACAGUAUCUUAAACUAUAAUGUAUACAGUGCUAGUUGAAUUGUUUUGGAAACUGUCUCUUUGGAGACACUGCAAAAUACAGAAUUUACUGUACCCAGACCAGAAAGUUAGCUUUAAUCUGGGCAUUCAGAGAUCCAGACAGGAAGAUCCUUGCCCAGACUUCUGGUGUUUAACUAGAGGCCCAACACUACUGGACCCAAAGUGUUUUAAGUGAUCGGUUAUCUUUAAUGUAUUUUAGAAUAGGGUUUAUACAUUAGAAACAGCUUAUUUAUUUUACAAAGUUUUGACUUGUAAGAUGAUUUUAUUAUUAAUAAUCUUGAAUGUCUAAACCAACAUUUGAUUCACAUUAAAAGGCCAGCUGAUUAGCAUGCAUUCUAAUUAUAAUUAAUGUCCUGUAAUUGAUCAUUUUUCCAUGAUUGUUUUGUUUUACAAGAAAAAUCAAAUGAUAGACACUAUGCUUGACAUGGAGAUACUCUCAAACACAGUCUACAGACAUGCAAAACAUAUCUUCUAACAGGAAAGUGGGGAGCAGAAGUUUUAGAUAUGUACUAUUCCCUCAGUCACAGACCUCUGACCUUUUCGUCUUUGCUUUGAGCA